ACCCUUCAAACCGGGAAUCGGUUGUUUUUUUAUCUAACUACCUGAAAAACAGUAGGAAAUCCUAAAACGAAAACAGAUUUGCGGUUUGCGAACCCUAUUAGUUGAAGGUUAAAGUAUAUCGAGUAUCAAUUUUGUUGCCAUAGUAUCAUGUAUUAUAUGUUCUAUUGAUCUACAAGAUAAUAUGCUCAAGGUUUUAGGGUAUUGCAUUGAAGGAGAUGAGAAGAUGUUUGCCUGCAAGUACAUGUCUAACAAAAGCUUGGCCUUUUUUCUUUUUGGUUAGUAGUAUAUUCCUUCCAAUACAAAGCAUCGUCUAACAAAUCCAUAACUACAAUGUUGUCAUUUCAAGUAUUAUGACUGGUAUGUUGAGACAGACGAAACUGAGGUGCACUUAUUAUGGCCAAUGGGCUGGACGAUUUACCUUAAUGGUCUGUAAUUUCGUUGUCUACGUUACAGUUGGAUGAUUUACCUUAAAAACAAAAACUGUUAUAUCAAAUGGCAACAAGUUAUAGUUAUGGACUUGUUACAGCUCUUCGAGAUGGGAUAUGAACAAUGAGGAUUUAACUUAAGAUAUGUACCGAAGGAACCUCCUCUCAUUCCACAGGAGAUUAUUCCAGACAGCAUCAUCAAUAACCACAAAUACGUCGAUUGGGUUUUACCCAAACACCGAAGAGGAAUUAAUAUCCAAACUUGCAUCGGUCUUACAGUCUUGUUCACAUCAUAAUCCUGAUCCCCAUGUAAUUCAACAAGGCCAACAACUUCAUGCUCAGAUAAUCGUCAAUGGCAUCAACUAUGUGGGUCUACUGGGUUCAAGGUUACUUGGAAUGUACGUACUUUGUGGGAAAUUAUUUGAUGCUAAGACCAUGUUCUAUCAGCUUGAUUUGUUCUAUGCAUCGCCAUGGAAUUGGAUGAUUCGAGGGUUCACUAUGAUGGGGUGUUCCGAUUCCGCAUUAUUGGUUUAUUUUAAGAUGCUGGGAUGUGGAACUUGUCCUGAUAAGUAUACUUUUCCUUAUGUGAUCAAGGCUUGUGGUCAUUUGGGAGCAAUUGGGUUGGCAAAAUCUGUGCAUCAUACGAUUCGGAUAAUGGGUUUUGAGACGGAUGUUUAUGUUGGUAGUUCUUUGAUCAAAUUGUACACUGAAAAUGGUUGCAUUGAUGAUGCACGCAACCUGUUCGACAAAUUGCCUCAGAGAGAUGAUGUGUUGUGGAAUGUUAUCCUCAAUGGUUACUUAAAACAUGGGGAUUCGGAACAUGUCCUCUUACUCUUUAACCAAAUGAGGACUUCUGAGACUCGACCAGGGUCCGUGACCUAUGCGUGUGUUCUAUCUGCCUGUGCCUCUGGUGCAAAUAUUACACUUUGCACUCAGCUUCAUGGACUUCUUAUCAAAUGUGGACUGGUGGACGAUCCUCAGGUGCUCAACACGUUGAUUGGAGGGUAUGCAAAGUGCCAAAGGCUGUUUGAUGCCUGCGAGUUAUUCGAUAGCGUACAGGAAGCUGGUUCGGUUACUUGGAAUGUGAUCAUUGGUGGGCAUGUGCAGAAUGGACUUAUGAAUGCAGCUUCGGAUCUUUUUCGUAAGAUGAUAUCUGUAGGCACCAAACCAGAUACCAUCACUUUGGCAAGCUUCCUUCCUUCUGUAUCUGAGUCAACUCGUGUAAACCAAGGUAAAGAGAUCCAUUCUUACAUUUUAAGACAGAAUGUACAUUUGGAUGUAUUCUUGAAGAACGCACUUAUUGAUAUGUACUUUAAGUGUAGGGAGGUGGAGAUGGCACGCAACGUUUUCAACUGUAGUACUGCCGUAGAUAUCGUUAUAUGUACUGCUAUGAUAUCUGGGUAUGUGCUUAACGGGAUGAGCUCUGAUGCCUUAGAGAUUUUCCGAUGGUUGGUUAACCAGCAAAUGAGACCGAAUGCAGUUACACUCUCGAGUUCUUUACCAGCUUGUGCUGGUUUGGCUGCUUUGAAAUUGGGCAAGGAAUUGCAUGGUCAGAUUCUCAAGAAUCGGUUCGAAAGAAGGUGUUAUGUGGGAACAGCAGUCACGGAUAUGUAUGCAAAAUGUGGAAGACUUGAUCUUGCACAUGAAGUUUUCAUGAGGAUGCCUGAAAAGGAUGCUGUUUGUUGGAAUUCCAUGAUGACUAGCUUUUGCCAGAACGGUCGACCAGAAAAAGCUGUUGAUCUUUUUCGUGAAAUGGGUGCGAAAGGAGCCAAAUAUGAUUCCGUAAGCAUAUCCGCUGCUCUUUCUGCUUGUGCAAGUUUACCAUUGCCUGGCUUUGGGAAAGCAAUCCAUGGUUUCAUGACAAGAGGUGCACUGAAGAACGACCUUUAUGCAGAGAGUGCACUAAUAGACAUGUAUGCUAAAUGUGGAAACCUAGAAUCUGCAAGAAAAGUUUUCAACAUAAUGCAAGAGAAAAGUGAUGUGUCAUGGAAUAGUAUCAUUGCCGCUUACGGAAACCAUGGUCUUCUUCAAGAAUGUCUGUCUCUGUUUCACGAGAUGAAAGAAUUCGGAUUCCAGCCUGACCACGUUACGUUUCUGGCAAUAAUUUCUGCGUGCGAUCAUGCUGGUUUGGUCGAUGAUGGUUACUGCUACUUCAAGUCCAUGAUAGAUGAUUAUAAAAUUGCAGCACGAAUGGAGCAUUACACAUGUAUAAUUGAUCUGUUUGGCCGAGCUGGUCGGUUGAGUGAAGCCGUUGAGACCAUAAAGUCAAUGCCUUUCGAUCCCGAUGCUGGUGUUUGGGGCACGUUGCUGGGGGCGUCAAGGGUACAUGGGAACGUCGAGCUGGCUGAAAUGGCUUCAACACAUCUUUUUGAGAUGGACCCAAAGAAUUCCGGAUAUUAUGUUCUGCUGUCGAAUAUACAGGCAAAUGCUGGGAAAUGGGAAGGGGUUGAUAAAACAAGAAGCAUGAUGAAAGAUAGAGGAGUUGAGAAGGUGCCGGGUUAUAGCUGGAUCGAGGUGAACAACAAUGAUACGCACAUAUUUGGUGCUGCGGACUCGGCUAAUCCUCGUUCCGAUGAGAUUUAUACGUUGUUAAAUAACUUAGUUUUGGUGAUCAAGGAUGAAGGGAUGGUAUGUAACGAUUCAGAAACACUAUAACACAUGGUAGGGUUUUGUAAAACUCGCAUGAUCAUUUUUGGAGUAUUUUAGAUGUAUAAUUAUAUAAUUUUUUUAAUUAACUUUGUAUGUCAAAACAUUAAACAGUUUAAAAGCC